AUGACAUCUGAAGGCGAAAGGUGGCCUAGAGGCAGGGUGGUGGGUCCUGUAGCUUUUGAAAAGCAGGAGAGACACAAUGGAAGAGAAAGACAACAGAAGAUUUCUCAUAUUGGAAAGCUGAAAGAUUUUCUUCUGCAACACAGAAAGGAUUACAUUAAUGCUUACAGCCAUAUUAUGUCUGAGUAUGUGAGGAUGACAGAUACAGAGCGUGAUCAGAUAGAUCAAGAUGCUCAGAUAUUUAUGAGGACGUGUGCCGAUGCCAUUCAUCAGCUGAGAACAGAAGCACACAAGGGUGUCCAGUCUGCUCAGGUAAAGGAGCACAGAACAGCUGUCUUGGACUUCAUUGAAGAUUACUUAAAAAGAGUGUGUAAACUGUAUUCUGAACAAAGAGCCAUCCGAGUUAAGCGAGUGAUAGAUAAGAAGAGACUGUCCAGACUUGAACCUGAGCAGAGCGACGUGUCCAAAUCGCCUCUUUCCACUGAAAAAUCUUCACAGAAUCCUUUAGAUGAUUCUGAAGAAAAAGUUUCUGCUGAGGAGAGCAAAGACAGGAAUCUGCCUGAUGCCCAGAGUAAUCCUGGAUUGUGGGGGGACAGCAAAGGUGAAGAUGAGCUGUCCCCUGAAGAAAUACAAAUG